AUGAGAAGUUCAAGAGAGCUGUGUCUCACAAGCUGCAUCGUCAUACAAGCUGUUGGAGCGCCAUACAGCGGGACUCUGGACUGGUGGUAUUUGAUAAAACCAAGAUGGCGGCCGCUAAAAGAAGCCAAAGGCACCGCAAGGAUGAGGAUCCUUGCUGGAGAGAAAGCCGCCAAGCAGCUAGGUCGAAUGCAAUGGCCGUUCAUUUGUCGAAAAAGUUGAUAAACAAGCAAAGAGAUUGCAAAAAAAAUACAAAUAAAGGCCUCGAAUGGCGAGACGAAUGGCCGAGAGCGAGAAAAUCUUGACCGGCCACCAUGACGACCGCUGACCAACCGUCCUCGCAGUCGCUUGCAUAACAGCCAACUGAUAAUGGUGAUGAUGAUGAUGAUGAUGAUCAUGAUCAUUAUGAUGAUGACUUCAGUGGAACCUCGAUAUAAUUAUAACGAACCUCUAUAUAACCAAGUCCUCGAUAUAACGAUCGAUUUUCUUUGCCCAAGUACAUGUAAUGGUAAAUAUAUGAAAAAGAACCUCGGUAUAUUAAAGAAACCUCGCCAUAGCGAACAACUUUUGCCAAUCCCUUAG